UUUUGGACUUUGUGCUCCACAUUGCUGCCCACGGGUCUCUAUAUAGAGGUCUGGCACCACAGGGCCAGAUCAGUCUCGCUGAAGAAGGCUCACACACAGGAUCACAGAUAUAGCCAUGAAGUUGUUUGUGGUGCUUGCUCUUUUGGCUUUUACUGGCUGCCAAGCCAAUGUUCUAAGGUCAGACGAACCCAAGUCACAGCUGGAGCUGGUGAAUGAUGCAUUCCGGGACUACGUUGCCAAGGCAAGACAAACAGCCCAAGAUACUCUGCAAAGCAUCAGAGAGUCUGCGUUUGGACAGCAAGUGAACGACAAGAUCACAGAGAGUGUGGAAGUGGCCCGCCAAUACGCUGCCGUGGUGCAAGAUCAGGUGACCGUCAUUGGCCAGGAGUCGUAUAAAAAGGUUUCGGAGCAAGUGGAACGGCUGUCAGGGCGCCUGCAGCAGGACAUAAGUGAAGUGAGGGCCCAGCUGGAGCCCUACGCAGAGGAGCUGAAGGAGAAAGUGGAGCAGCGUCUGCAGGAGUUGGCUCCCCUGGCCGAGAGCCUCCACACGGAGGUGGCCCAGAGAGCCAAGGCAGUGCAGCAGACCGUGGCGCCCUACGUGGAAGCCCUGAGGGAGAAGCUCGACCCCUACACCGGGGACAUCAAAUCCCAGCUCACCGAUCUGUGGGAGUCCCUCACCAAAAGUGAUUAGAGCGGACGGAAUGUCAACCAACCCAACUGGCCAAUCCCUCUGGCAUCUCAGCUGAUCCAAGCCACCAAAAUAUGCUAUAUGAUUGUUUCUACAGCUACAAGCUCACCUUUGUCGCAUAUGAGAAAGAUCUCUGAUUGUCAUGUAAGACAGCUGCAGUUUUUUCUUGUCAGCCAACCAAAAUAUGUAUUUAUGUUUUCUUGUAAGCAGAACCCUGGAAAUAUGUAAUAAUGUGCCUGAACCAUUAUUGAUUUUCUGUUUCGUUUUUUAUUGUCAUAAAUAAAAAAAGAUGUAA